CUUUCUUUUCUUUUUUUUUUGUGUUAAUGUCUACCUUGGAUUGGCUUAAUGGUGAUAGCAUCGUACCAGAGCUUUAUGCAGAUGAUUCGAGUGGUGUACCUAAUAACUCUACAGUUCAUAAACCUCGUGAAGCAUUAAUGCAGGAUAUCGAACAAACCAUUAUGCAAAUGAUUGAAUUUGUAUCCAUUGGCCAACCUAUUAAGGUUCCAUUAAGUGUUAGGAGACUACCUUCAAGAGUUAAAAGAAAAAAGGCCGACUACAAUCAGCAAAUGAAUAGAGAAGAGCAAACUAGUAUUGACAAUCAGAUUAGGACAUUGAGUCUAUCUACUGGUUCAUCGGCCAAGACUUUAGCUCGUUACUUUUCCGUAUUGCAAAUGAUAUACGAAGCAAUAGCUCAUAGGAUAAUAAUUACGAAACGAGAUAUGUACUAUAGGGAUGUAGGUUUAUUUGGGAUCCAAAGUGUAGUAGAUACCAUUGUGGACGACAUAGCUUGUCAUUAUAAUGUACCAAGAUCUUCUUUAAAUGUGAGUGCUUCCUCAAAGGGUUUAAUCUUUGGUCCUAUUGUAAUCAAACUAAAGAAUAAUAAAACACUGGACUGUAUGACGCAUAUGCCAACAUUGAACUGCCAUGAUGAGCAGGGCAUAUUGAUACCCCCUGUGAAUCAGAUAGCAGAGAUAAAAUGUAAAGCAAGAUGUAUAAUAGUUAUUGAAAAAGAGGCUACAUUUCGCCAUUUAGUCUCUAUUGGUUUCUGCCAGACCUUGCCUCAAAGUUGCAUUCUUGUCACUGGAAAAGGCUAUCCUGAUUUACUUACCAGGCAGUUUGUAAAGCACUUUUCAAUACAGUACAGUCGAUUGCCAAUACUGGCAUUAAUGGAUAAUGAUCCACAUGGCCUGGAUAUUUAUGCUACCUAUAAAUGGGGAGCAAGAGCACUUGCAUUUGAUGUAUCAAAUCUAGCAGUACAGUCUAUACAAUUGAUUGGAUUGACUUGUCAAGAUAGAAUAGAUUUUAAUAUUCCAUCAGAACAUCUCAUCCCAUUAACUGAAAGAGAUAAAGCAAAAUGUUUAUGUAUGGUUAGAACAUUUGGUGCAGGCGAAACUCCAGGCGCAAGUCAAAUGCGAGAUAGAGGAUGGAAGGAUAUUGACAUGCAAGUAGCAAGCCAGUCCCAUCGCGACUAUAUAAAAGAAGUUUUUGAACUAUUAAGAACAGACUAUAAAUGUGAGCUUCAAGCACUCUACGCUGUAGGCCCUUAUGGAUUAAGUCAUUUCUUAAUGAAAAAGUUACCUGAAUACAUAUAAAGCUUGUUAUGCGUAACGUGUGAUCAAUAAAACUUUUUUUUUUUCCUUUUAUCAGAUCGGAUACAUCAGAUUCAUCUGGGUUUAUGAACACCUUUUAAAUUUUAGUCAACAGUAUCCCUUUUGACGUUUCAAACAAUAUGGU